AUGGCGUUAAAACAAAACUACGACAACUUUAACGAUGACGACAAUUACGACGACGAUGGCAUCAACAACAACGACAACGAUAAAGACAACGACGACAAUAAAGACGACGUCACCGAUGACGAUGUCAAAAAUGAUAAUAAUGAUAAUGAUGAUAAUGAUGAUAAUAAUGUGAACGGUAAUAAUGACAACGACAACGGUGACAACAACAAAAUUGACAGUUAUGACAACGACACUAACAACGAUGACAACAAUGACGACUACGACAACAAUGACAAUGACGACGAUAUCAAUAAUGAUAUUAAUAAUAAUAAUAAUGAUGAUGAUAAUAAUGAUAAUGAUGAUAAUCAUAAUGAUUAAGAUAGUGAUAAUGAUGACGAUAAUAAUGAUGAUAAUAAUAAUGAUGAGGGUGUUAAUGAUAAUGAUAAUUACAAUGUUGAAUAUGAUGACAAUGAUAAUUAUAAUAAUAAUCAUAAUGACAACAAUGAUGAUGAUGAUGAAAGUAACGAUAAUAAUAACAAUGACGAUGACGACAACCACGACAAUGACAAUAAUAAUGACGACAGAAACGACGACAACGACAACACUGACGGCAACGACAACAAUGACGACCACGAUAAUGAUAAUAAUAAUGAUGAUGAUUAUGAUAAUGAUAAUGAUAACGAUACUGAUGAUGAUAAUUUUGAUGAUGAUGAUGAUAAUGAUAAUGAUAUCGAUGAUGAUGAUAAUAAUAAUGAUAAUGAU